AUGCCCAAAGUCUACACAACAGACCAUUCCACCUCAGUCCUGGAAACCCACAGCUGGCGGACCCUCUCCAAUUCAGCACCCUACCUGCUCCCCUACAUCCAGCCAGACCUGCAAAUCCUAGACGUAGGCUGCGGGCCAGGGAGCAUGACAAUCAACUUCGCCAAACACGUACCCCGAGGGCAUGUAACUGGCGUGGAAUAUGUCCCCGAGCCUCUCGAAGGAGCCCGCGAUCUCGCUGCCUUGGAAGGUGUAUCCAACAUCAGCUUCCUAGUCGGCGACAUACACGAUCUGCCAUUUCCGGAUAACACUUUUGACAUUGUUCACGCGCAUCAGGUCGUACAGCAUAUCGCCGACCCGGUCCGGGCAUUCCAAGAGAUGCGGCGCGUGGUAAAGCAAGGCGGAAUCGUGGCAGUGCGCGAGUCUGCUUCGCUAACUUGGUAUCCUGAAUCGGAGGGCAUUGCCGCAUGGCGAGAGGUUGCGGAACGAAUGCAGCGAGCAAAAGGCGGCAAUCCUCACCCUGGAAGGUUUAUUCACAUUUGGGCAAAGGAAGCCGGGUUCCUACGAGAGAGUAUCAAGAAAACUGCUGGUUCAUGGUGUUUUAGCAAUCUUGAGGAACGGAAGUACUGGGGUGGUUCGAUGGAAAAGAGAGCUCGAUCGUCUGGAUUUGCGGCCACGGCAAUUGAAGAAGGAUUUGCGACUCAAGAGGAUUUGGAGAAAAUCGCGAUGGGCUGGAGGGCAUUUGUGGAGGACGAAGAUGCGUGGUUUGGACUGUUGCAUGGGGAAAUUUUGUGCUGGAAAUAA